AUGUCUCAAUUGGAUAGUCUCUUACAGUGGAUUAAGAAUACGGAAGAUGAAAAUUAUAAGCCUUCGACACACUCGUUUAUAUCGCCCAAAACGGUAGUGAAAGACGAUGGUGAAUGGGGUCGUGGGAUCUGUGCUGCUACCAAUGUACGAAACCGUGAACUCUUGAUGAGAAUACCUCCAUCCUUCCUUUUAAACUAUACUACGGUGCUCAAGCAUAUUUCGAAAUACAAUAGCCAAAUCAAGCUUCAAGGCUCGCAUUAUGCCCAAGUGUAUGUACCUCCGAGUAUACACAAUGAUGAGGACCAGUUUACGGAGAUCUACUCUAGAUUUGAGUUAGAAGAGUUAACUAACUGGUCAUCCUUUCAAUUACUUUCAUUUUUUAUAACAUUCGAAAUGCAGAGAUUGCAGGACUCUUUCUGGAAGCCGUUCCUCGAUAUGCUUCCGCCAGCUUCUGAUUUCGACCUCGUACCAUUAACCUGGCACGUUUUGAAGGUGCCCCAUCACCAGGACUUAAUAAACGCAUUGCCACCAUCCACCAAAGCCCACACUGACAAGGUCAUAAAAAGGUUUGAAACCGAUUACCGCGUUGUUAAAACAUGCUUGAAAGGUAAGACCGACAGCUGUACUGACGAUAUUCUACCAGUUCAGUCCUUCUUGUGGGCAUGGAUGUGUAUAAACUCUCGUUGCUUGUACAUGGACAUUCCCCAAAAGAAGAAUAACUCGGACAACUUCACCAUGGCACCAUACGUAGAUUUUUUGAAUCAUUCUUGCGAGGAUCAAUGUAGCUUGAAAAUUGACACCACUGGGUUUCAAGUUUACACUGGGCAAUCAUACACACCAGGAGAGCAAAUUUUCUUGAGUUAUGGUCCCCACUCAAAUGAAUUUUUGAUAUGUGAGUACGGAUUUAUGUUGAAUGAAAAUAGAUGGAAUGAUUUAAAUAUUACAGAACAGAUUACGAAGUUGUUAUCCCGCGUUCAAACUGAUUAUUUGAAAGAUUUGGAUUACUAUGGUGAUUACACCAUAAAUGUUGAGUCAGGGCCAUCUUUUAGAACUGAAGUGGCUUUGGCAACAUUACAAGAACCAAACCCUGGUACUUCUCGUAGAUUACAGGCUUUCGUGAAUGGAAUAACCGAUGGAUCUAGCUAUGACAGGCAUUCAGGAAUCUUGCUAGAUGAGAUCUUGCAACAGGUGAAAUACUCAUGCACCGAGUUGCCAGUAGACGAGGUAAACGAUGAUAAACUCACAAUACUCAGAAAGAAGGUGAUACAAAAGCUUUGGAAAGAUGCGAGCGACAUAAUGGAAGGCCAGUCAAAGUAA